UUGCUGUUCUUCUACGUACAGUCAAGUUUGAAACUUUUGACUGUUUAGCGGAGUAAUAGGUACAAUCGGUACAAUACCGAAUCUCGAUGUUGUUCUCUAAACUUGCACGUUAGUUAGUUGAGGACAAAUGUAAAGAAACGUGAGGAAAACAUCGAACUGCAUGAUGAAGGAAAUUAAAAUAUUGACAUUUUGUAGAAUGUUUAGCAGGAGGUCUUACAAUCCUCUUGCCGGUAUUCGUCACAAAGUGGAAGUAAUGAAAGAGGAUGGAUCGGUUGAUUUAGAAAGUUUCGAUAUCGAAGAUACAAGCGAGUACGAGUCGGAUUUUAUGAAACUUGAUAUGAGCCAUAAAAUGCACGAAAGAGAAAUGCAGAGACAGAAAGAGAAACUUAAACAACAGAUUACUGCUCAGAAGUAUUUUACAGAAAAUGAACCACGUUUUAUCACAUUUGCAGAAAGAGAACUAAUUCACAAGUUACACAGAUCUAAUCCUGAAGAAUGGACAGUAAACAAACUCAGUGAGAGUUUUCCUGCUUUACCAGGAACGAUACAAAAAAUCUUAAAUGCUAAAUGGUUACCAAAAUCAGUAGAGAGAGUUAUUGAAUAUGAUAAAGUGGUAGUUGAAAAUUGGAAGAAGUUUCGUGCUGGAAAGCUUCCAGUAAGCCCUUUAUUUAAUGAACAUUUAAUGAAAUUUAAAGACAGGAAAAUUAUUUUAACAGACAGAGAAUCAUUGGCAAAACAAUUUGUUUUACCCGAGCCAGAAUUUAAGAAACCAAAGAGUCAAUUAUUUUCUAAUAUUGUACAGACUUGUCUAAAUGAAAAACAGAAUGAUGAAAAGUUACUAUCGCAAAAGGAAUAUUCCAAUAAAGUGAUAGGUACAACUGAUCACUUGAAACAAAAUCAGAAUUUGAUUGCAAAUUCUACAAUUGAUGAUGAUCAUGUUGCUGUUAAAAAUUCAGAGAAACUUACAUUAACUAAGGAACGAUGUCAAACAUUAACAUUGAAUGAAGAAUUGAAAAAACGUGAUACAAUGUCAUUUAAUAAGGAAAAGAAUAACAAGCUACUUACAUUUGAUGAAUUUAUAAAAGCCAAGCUGGAAGAUAUACGCAAGGAAUCUCCAGAAGAAGGUAUUGUAUUGCUAGAUACAUACAGGAAACAGGUAGAGGCCAAUCAAGAGUUGAAAACUACAACAGUUGCCACAGUGUCUGACGAUGCAGAGAUUAGUGUGGAAAAGAGCGCUGUAUCACAAAAUAUACAGAAAUCUAACAAGAGCAUUUCUGUAGCUCCUAAAAAUGAAAAAUUUUUGAAUAUUGUGACAGCAGAUGAUAAUUUAUUAGAUACUAGUAUUAAAAUAUGGAAUAAAAAAAUAGACACAGAAUGCAAUUACGCUAAACCAAUAAAGAUUGCGAAACAUCUUCACAAACCUGGUAUGAUGUAUCGAAUCAAUGAUUGUUAUUAUGAUGAUGAUGGAGAGUUUUUGUAUCGUAUUCCAGGUGUACGAAGUUAAUUGUUUCAUUUAUUUUUUAAUUGAAUUAUUAAUGUAUAUAACAUACGUUAUAUGUAAUAUAU